AGAGGAAGUUUGGAAGUACACAUAUUACUUAGGUUUCCAUUGAAAAUUAAAAUGAUUUAUUAAAAUAAGUAUCAUAACACAAUUUUAACGUAAAUUGUCAUCUAUUUAUAAAUAAAUUGCUGUUUUGCUGCAGAAGCUAAAAAUAACAAAGCCCAUAAUACCAAUUAAACGAAGGUUUUUCCCUAAAACAUAUCAAAAGCUUUGUACCGUGAUUCCGGUUGUUAUUGCUAUAGUUAUUAAUUUGUAACAUAUAUAUCUUUAACAAUUUUAUAUCAAAACAUUCUCAUACCCGAUCUGAAGAGCAUCCAAUCAAAAUGUUACUUGUUGCAAUUUUAUUUGUAAAUUUUAUGUGCGCUCUAUCACAAUUUGGCGACCUGAAUCCUAACUUUGCAAAUUUGAAUUCGAUACAAGAAAUCACCAAUCAGUGGUUGAAAUUUAAGUCAGAUAACUUCAAACAAUUCUCUCCAGAAGAAGACACGCGCAGAUUUAACAUCUUCAAAGAAAAUCUCAAACGUAUAGACGAUUACAGGCAAAAACUUCAAGCGGGAUUGAUUGAUUUUCGAGUUGCCAUCACCCAAUUUGCAGACCUCACCAAGGAAGAAUUCAUCAGUAAAAUGUUAACCUUGAAGGUACCGGAAGAAAGGUCUAAAAGGGCAUUGCCUAAACUCAACAGAACUAUUCGGCAAAUUUCUGACAGCGUUGAUUGGAGAAAUCAAGGGGCAGUGACACCAAUUAAAAACCAAAAAGAUUGCUCGUCUUGUUGGGCCUUUAGUGCAGUAGGUUCACUUGAAGGCCAAUAUUACAAGAAAUAUGGAAACUUGAUAUCAAUAAGCGAACAAAAUUUGAUUGAUUGUUCUACGGAUGGAAACAAUAGAGGCUGUAAUGGAGGCUGGAUAGGAAACGCCUUCAAAUACCUCACAAACAAUCAAAUAACAGCUGAAAAUGAAUAUGCCUACACUGGAACACAACAGAUGUGCAAUAAUAAUAUGGGGAAUUUUAAAAUUUCUAUUAAAGGUUACCAAACUAUUCAACCAGACGAAUCCCAACUACAACAAGCAGUAGCAACUAUAGGCCCAAUUUCAGCAGCAUUAGAUGCAUCAAAUCUUCAAUUUUACGCUGGAGGUGUUUAUAGAGACGACGACUGUGCUGUAGGGCGCGUCAAUCACGGAAUAGUCAUAGUGGGCUAUGGAACAGAAAGUGGAAGAGACUAUUGGCUCAUUAAAAAUUCUUGGGGCAACCAAUGGGGCGAGGGUGGAUACUUCAAACUAAUAAGGAAUAAAGGAAAUCAAUGCAAUAUCGCUUCUUACGGGAUGUAUCCAAAUUUGUAAUAAUAAAACCCAAAUAAAAUAACAAUAAUUUAUACUCACUACAAAAAAAUAUACAAUUGUUUAAACGAAUUUGCUGUUGCGGUCCCUGUAAGAUACCUCUCCUCUUCUAUAAGAAGCUUCAAUUUUGCCUCGGCUUCGCUUGAGCAAAUAUGCGAAUCCGAACAUUGGAACUACGAUCAGACCGAUGCCGCGUAGAACCAUUUUUCCAGUGGGCUUGAAGUAAUCAUAGUAGUUGACGCCGAUUGAUUGGAAACGGAGAAUGGCCGGAUCAA